AUUUAGUACACGUGAAUGCUUGGUACUUGUUUUUCAUAUUGUGCAUUAGUGGUUAAAUAGUAAUGACAGUCUUUACUUAUGCGUAUACCUGAUGUUACGCUCGAUAUAGGGACCUUACAAACGGUAGGCCUGGUAACCCGACAACAAAGUGGCAAGCGCAGUACAGGGCCUUCUGUAGGUAGUAUUUCAGUUAUAGAGAACAAUCGCGCCACUGAAAUGCUUGAUAUGGGGCCUAGCCUUUGUUGACACACUACGCUUCGUCAGGGGCCUCGCCUCAUCACAUCACAUGACCCAGAGGCAGCCGACAUCUGACGCUGACAGUUUCUACAUGCACAGUCGAAACUUCAUUCUUCUUCACGCCGUAUUGGUGGUCUCUGUUUCUUUGUACGCUGGUGCUGAGGAUGAAGGUGUUGAUUUUGCUGGCCAUGGUGGCUCUUGCCACUUCGGAAUUUCACAGAAUUCCAUUGCGAAAAUUUAAAUCUGCCAGGCAGAGUUUGAGAGAAGUAGACACCUCCAUAAAACUUACACGCCGCCGAUGGGGAAAUGGAGGUCCAAUGCCAGAGCCUCUGUCAAAUUACAUGGAUGCACAGUACUAUGGACCCAUCAGCAUUGGCACUCCUCCUCAGUCCUUUAGAGUUGUAUUUGACACUGGCUCAUCCAAUCUCUGGGUUCCUUCCAAGCAGUGCCACUUUACCAAUAUUGCUUGCUUGAUUCACAAUAAGUAUGAUUCACGUAAGUCAUCAACAUACAAGAAGAAUGGGACUGAAUUUGCUAUCCAGUAUGGAUCAGGGUCACUCUCAGGUUACUUGUCCACCGACACAGUUAGUGUUGGUUCAGUAGUUGUGAAAGACCAGACAUUUGCAGAAGCUUUAAGUGAACCAGGUAUGGCUUUUGUUGCAGCAAAGUUUGAUGGUAUUCUUGGUAUGGCCUAUGACAGAAUUGCAGUCGAUGGAGUUACUCCUGUUUUCUACAAUAUGGUCGGCCAAAAGCUUGUGCCAGCUCCAGUCUUCAGCUUCUAUCUCAAUAGAGAUCCCAGUGCUGCUGAGGGUGGUGAGUUAAUUCUUGGAGGUUCUGACCCAAAAUACUACAAGGGAGACUUUACUUACCUACCAGUUGAUCGUCAGGGCUAUUGGCAGUUCAAAAUGGACGGAGUGCAAUUAGAUGGAGCUGAUGUUCCCAUCUGUAAGGGUGGUUGUGAAGCUAUUGCGGAUACUGGCACCUCACUCAUUGCUGCCCCAUCAGAGGAAGCUCGUCUUAUCAACAAGAAGAUUGGUGCUAAGCCUAUUGUUGGAGGAGAGUGGAUGGUUGACUGUGGUCUUAUUCCCAAUCUUCCUACUAUUUCUUUUGUAUUGAAUGGGAAGCCAUUUACUCUGGAGGGCAAGGACUACAUUCUCAGGGUGAGCCAGUUUGGGAAGACAACGUGCCUCUCUGGAUUCAUUGGACUUGAUGUACCCCCACCCAUGGGCCCCAUUUGGAUUCUUGGUGAUGUCUUCAUUGGUCGAUUCUACACCGAGUUUGACAUGGGAAACAACAGGGUUGGCUUUGCCACUGCUGCCUAGAAAGUAUCAAAGGAAAAUCACUCUAGGUUUGUUGCUUUGGUCAUCAUUACUUCAGAAAAUCAAGUUUAUCAUCCCCCCUUUACUUAUAUCAGAAGUGUAUAUCAGUUUUGACUUGAGAUCUGCAAGAUACAUUUAGUGGUUGGUUGUGAAUGGAAAAUAUCAGAAUUUUGAUAAAUUUAUAUUUUUGUGACCUAUAAUUAACGUUUUUCCUAAAAUGGCAAUAUGUUUGGAAUUUUGUCAGAAUAUGAAAGUUUUGUCUUGCUUAAGUUCUAGUCCUUCUGUAUAUCCUCAACUUUAAAUGAUAACUGAGGAGAUAUUUUUUUAAAUACAUAUACAUUUUAAGGAAUCUCAUUUUCAAGAUUGAUGUAAGGUAUACCAAAUGUUUGGAGUUUUGUCUUAUAUUAAAGCUGCAGUAAUUGAAGGAACAAAAAUUUAUUUUGUCAUGUAAUUACAUUUCUCAGUUAUGAGAUUAUGUAUGAAUACAUAAGGAGGAAUGGUCAGGUUUAAACAUGAAGAGUAGAUACUGAUGGUAUCUUUGCUUUCUUUCUUUUAUUAGAUAUUGUACCUGUGAUAAAGUACAGUGUACUUGUGAUAUGCUAAGAGAAUUUGGACAACUGUGUUAGUGUCUAACAGAGCUUAGGCUUGGGUGAAUUAUUCAAAUACCAGGUAUUGUUUCUGUUAGUUGCCACUUUCUGGCAUAAAGGGUAUUUUCAUAGUUUGUGUAGAAAUGCGAGUGCAUUUGUUUUUCGAUAAAGUAAGAAUACUUGAGAGCAUGUUAACUAUAUUGUAGUUACUAUUGAACUAUUUUUAGGAAGAUAGCCCACUUGGGUACUACGUAAUCAGUGUGCAUACAGGGAUCAUGUAACUUUUAAGUUGUUCAGUAUUCUUUUUCCAGUUAAUAUAAAUUGCUUGUUUUCAACAGUUUAUAAGCAGGUUAUUAGUAUUUUGUGUAAUUAUUUUUGUAGUAAGUUGUCAAAGUACUAUCCAUUUAAUAUACAGUCAGCAAGUACUGUACAGUAUAUGAAUGUACAACUGAAUGUAAUGUCACUGCUUUUUUUAAUAUGUCGGUAAUUACAGUACUACAUGUUAAUAGCAUAUGUUUUUCUGUUAGAUUUUAAAUUUGAAUCUUUCAAAAAUGAAUAUUCAGUGUGAUAAUACUUUAAUGAUAAAAAUAAACUAGCUUCACUG